CAAGGAGAACGCGCAGAUGCUGAAGGACCUCUGUCGGUGCGGCCGGGCGUCGGCAUUCGGCGCAGCCGUGGCUUCCAGCAGCUCCCGGGGGGCGCCGCCGAGCCCGCCUCCCAGGCGUCCCAGCAGCAUGAUUCGUGGGAGGAGGCCUGGAGGGCCGUCUUCGACGUGCGCGGCGGCGACCGCGUCGAUCGCCAGGCGUUCGUGGAGGGCUGCCAGAAGCUCGGCCUGGAGGGCUGCCCCGCCUCUGCCGACAGGCUGUUCGAGCUGCUCGACAUGGACCGCGUGCGCUACCUGACGUUCGCCGGCACGUGCUGGCUCGGGGGGAUCGAGGAGGUGCCCGAGCGGCCAGAGAGGGAGUGCCACGGGGGCGACGUGGUCGUGUCGGGCGCCUACAAAGGCAUCACGCGCAGCCAGGCCCGGAAGCUGGAGGACGUGGCGCGCGACAACCGCCUGCGGGAGGCGCGCUUCGAGGCGCGCGGCCGCGCGGAGCUCGCGCGCGCCGGCGGGGCCGCGCUGAGCCCGGCGCGGUCGGAGCCGAGCCUGGCGUUGGCGCGGCCGAGGAGGCGCAGCGACAGCGAGGGCUGCAUCUUUCCCACCAGCUACGUGCCCCAGAGGGUGCCGUUAGCCCCGGUGUCCUCGCUGAAGGCCCGCGCGCAUGCCCCGCGCGCGCCCGAGAGAGGUCGCGGAACGCAAGCACGAGAGGAUCCAGGAGUUGAUCCAGCUGAUGCGGCCGCCGGGGCCGGAGCCCUCCUCGCCCAGCGCCGUGUCCGGCUCGCCGCUGGACAGGUGGAGCGCCCACACUUCCAAGGAGUCCGUGGGAGGUGCACCACGAGACGGAGCCCAAGGCUGAAGGCCGCAGUCGGGCGGGCGGCCACGGGGGGCAACACGCGCAGGCGGGUCAAGGACCACUGAGCUCGAUUUGGAAGUAGAGGGUAGAAGGGAGGGGGGGGAGGAGGUCGGCCGCCUCCCUCGUCCCCUCUACUUGGCAUCGCCCGCACGUGUGUAUUUU